GCUACGUUAGUAAACGGAAAGAUGGGCAGGUACUGAAGUAAAGUCCUCGUAUAUCUUUUAUUGUCUGCUUAUAUUAUUUUGUUCAUGAAAUGCCUACUACUGAUAUGUUGCAAUCGGAAUUACAUAGAUUUUUAACACAGGCUGAAAUCACGGAUACAGACAUUCUAGCGAUUCCAGUUUUGCAAGUCGAUACAAGACCAAAGGAACCAAAUUUAGGAAAGUUAGCAAGCGAUGAUGGACACGAAGAUAUCGAAGACAUCAACUCACCAUUCAAUUUCACACCGCAGCGAAUUUGGAUAAAUAAGGACCACGAAUUAUUUGAGGAUGGGGAUAUACAUAGGCACUUGUACUUACAGGAUGUUGCCACCAGCACAGCAGAUGUUUCUGAACCACCGAAAGUCUCUGAGUUCGGGUGUCACAUUGCGGGUUGUAACCAGCUCUUUGACACCCUGGAGGCCUACGAACACCACUACAAUUCGCUACACAGACACGUGUGCUCCACCUGCAAGCGCUCCUUCCCUUCAGACCGCCUGCUGGAUAUUCACAUUCUGGAGUGGCACGAUUCCUUAUUUCAGAUUAUGGCGGGGAAACAGAACAUGUAUCAGUGUUUAGUUGAAGGAUGCGAUUUAAAAUUCAAGACCAGCAAGGAAAGGAAGAAUCAUUUGAUCAAAAUACACCGUUAUCCUCCAGACUUCAGAUUUGACAAGUCAAAAAAGAGCAAAAGAGCUCAGCAGCGGAGUGAUGUGAGCAUGGAGGUGUCUGAAGAGGCGGGGCCUGAAGGCGGCGAGCCACAGCACAGCGAGUCCAUGGAGCUCUGUCCAUCCCAGCUGCCCGGGCAAGAGUCUGCGGACGCCAAGCCGCCAAAACCACGCUAUUCUUACAAGGUGCCGCGCACAAUCUGCUUUGGCCAAGGCUCGACCCGGGGAUUUGGAGGCAGGAGGAAAAAGAAGUAGGCCGAAUUGUUUUCAGCAGACGCGGUGUAACAUGGAGCACAUUCCC